AUGACAGAUUUUUUUUACAUCCAAGUCCCAGCCGAUGUUAAAGUCUUGUUGCUGACUGGAACCUCACUGAAUAAGAAUCAAUUGGAUUAAGUAUAAAAAUGCACUAACCUACUUAAAUUGGAUUUGUCAAAUUGCAAUCUAACACUCAUUCCAAAUAUCAAGAGGCUAACCAAUUUAAGGAUCCUAUAUUUACAUCAGAAUCAGAUCUCUUAACUUUCUAUAGAACCAAUCUCAGGAUGCAACAAUUUGAAUUAUCUCACUCUUUUCUUAAAUCCUGUAUCGGCUCAAUGUUCUCUCAGAAGACAAGUUAUAUCGUAAGUAAAAUCUUUAUGGGCAUUUGAUUUUAAUGCAAUUACCGAUGAAGAGAAACACAAAGAAUUGAGAUUAUAGUAAUCCACCGAAAAGAGUCGCCUCCCUUGGCCAAUUAUAAGCACUCCAAAGGAAUUCAAGGAUCAAUCUUAAAUAGUUUUUUUGCUGUGGAAAGAACUAGAAGUGAUCAGAAAAAUUUGGCAAAGAUGUUCUGCCAUUUUGACUAUCUAACGUAAUAUUAAAUGUUUUUUAACAAGAAAAAAAUACAAAAAAAUUGUUUAGAAACAAAUAAAAAUACAAGCAUUUGUAAGACAAGCAGUUAAGCAUUGGAUAAGAUUUACUAGGAACAAAAAAGACCUUAAUUAAUUUUUAGCACAUUAAUACAGUACCUAAUUUGAGAAGGUUAAAGUUCUGGUUCAAAAUUAUAGACAAAGAAAAGGAAAGGCGAUUAAAGAAUAAAAGAGUGCUAGGAUCAUUUACAGAUCCUUGAAAUCCUUUUAUUUUGAACAUAAACUUAAACUUAAAUCUAUUGGAAAUAUCCACAGACUCUAUUUCUAUAAAGAACAACUGAAUCUAUUCAAAUCAAUCUUAAAAAAGCUCAUUAAUAAACCUGAAAUCUAAGCAAUUAUUGAUUAAACCCCUCUUUUACAUGAGGAUUUUUAAAAACCUAAUAAGAUUUAUGAUUCAGAAAUUUUCACUUUUAGGCUACCUAACCAAUUACAUUUCUAAAACAACCCUAUUUAUUUUAAGAAUAUGCUAACAUAUCCUGCUUCUUUAGCUAAAAUAAGUUGCUGUCUACAAUAAUUAUCAUUGAGUAUAAUAAGACAAUGGACAUCUGUGACAUAAUUUUGUCAGGAUGUACAUGCUUAUUCAUAUUUGCAAAAGUAUGACGAAUUGAUGCCUGCUAGAAAACCAUAUGUUAUUAUGUACAAAUUGCCUAAGCAGGAUAAGAUUAAAUAUUAAAACUGUUUAAAAUAAAUAAACAAAUUUUAACUUCGAGAAUACAGAUAAUUGUAUGUUAUAAACUUAAGCAAAGAAAAUCUAUCUAUGAUAAUUAAAUGUAUAAUUUUGCACAAUAAGGAUCAUCCUUCAUAAGUUUUUAUUACAAUAUUUGAGAAAUAAUUGAAAGAAGCUGUGGCGGCUUUGAAGAUACAAAGACAAUAUAGAGCAUAUCAAGAUGUAAAAAAGAAUGGCAUGAACAUGCAAACUAUAAUUAAAAUAUUAGUAAAGGAAAGAUCCUUAUUGAUAUUAUAAAAAUGGUGUAAGGAUUUAAAAAUGCAUCAUAGAAAUAAUUUUUUUAAAGUUAUAGGUUAUCGACUCAAACAAUUAACACAAAAUGUAUUGUAUUUAAAUUACUCAAUCUAUAUACAAUUGAAUUAAUGUGUAUCAAAGUUGUAAUUUCUUGAAUAAAAAUCAAAACUAAGGUUCAUUAAUUAUAAAUUCCUAGCAGUUCUUGAAUAGUUUCCUAACAAAAAUGUUAUAGCAAUUUGGUUAAGAAGACAAAUUAUCCAAUUAGAUGAUAGUGAGUAAUAAGAAUUUUCAAUUAGUAAAAAUUGUGAUAUAUAUCAUUUGUUACAUUUUGAAACUUAAAGUGAAAUUAAGAAUUUAUUUAAUCAAAAAUGGAUGAAAAUUACAUUUCCGUAAAAUGAAUAGCUAAGAUUGAGAUUAUUUUUAUUAGCUCUAUAUACUUACUCUUUUAAAAACUAAUGUUUUGUAUAAUUGUAUCAAGAACAUGAAUUGUUAGAGCAAACUUAAGGUGUGAAACAAAAAGAUGACUUGGUAAUAUAGACAUAUCGACUACAAUAAUAUACUGAGUAAGUAGAAAAUUGUGAAAUACCAUGUAAACCACUAAUAUGGUUAUCAAAACAAUUAUCUGAUAAAACAACUAAUGAAAUUGAAGUGAGAUUUUAUAAAAAUGGAAUUGAUUAAAAAAAUAAAAAGAAAAAAAACAUUUCAAAAUUGCCUGAAUGUGAAUAAAUUUCAACUCAUCUUUUUUUCAGUUCUAUUUAAAAACAGUUGAAUCUCUUUUAGUUUACUUAAAUCAAAUAAAACUGUCCUACUGCCUCAACUAAUAUGAGAACUAUUACUUAAACUGACAAACCUAAAACUGCCUUACAAACAUUUAUUUUUCAAUAGGACAGUUUUGAAUUAGAAACCACCAAUCCAGAAAAGUAGCAAUAAAAAUUGAAAUUAGUUACAAAUGCUACAAGAUAGCAUCUAAGAACAAAAUCUGUUACUAACAAAAAGUAAGCAUUAUAGGUAGAAUUACCGAUAUUCUUUUAAUAAUAAAAUUUUAAUUUAAGCUAUAGUGUUGGAAGAAAAAAUAACUAACCUGAUAUAUCUAAGUAAUUGCAGUAUUGGGAAGAUAGAGAAAAUCAAUAGAGACAAUAAAUAAAAUAGUAAAAUCGAGAAAAAAGAUAAGCAAAAUUAUAGAUUCAACAGGAAAGGUCUUUUUGUCAGGAAUUCAAUAUCGGCUAGAAUAUUAUUAGUAGACAAGGAGAUAGACAUCUGAUGCGAUUAUAAUAAAAGAAAUAAUAAUAAAUAUCAUAGUAACUUGUGCAAUAAUUUAAAGAACAUUCCAAUAACAUUAAGGAGAUAUAAUCUAUUAACAACAAGAUGAAAUUAUAGGCAAUUAAAGAAGCUAAUUCUUAAUAUAAGGCUUCUCUUGAAUAACCAGAACAAUAGCCUAAAAUUAUUUAAAAGCACCAGACAAAAAGAUUGGGAAUAGCGAAUAAAUAUAUCCAUUCUGUAUUACCAGAAGAAAUAUUUCCAAUUAAAAUUGACUUUGAAAAUAUAUGA